AUGUUGGCGGCCCACCGCAGGUCUGGAGAGGAUGCCGUUCGCCUCGUGGCGAUCGAGAAGUGCGGCCGGACGAGGCACUGGAGCGCGGCUCUGCAGAUGCUCCGAGAAGGAGUCGAAUCGGGGGUGGAAGUCUCCUCGGGCCACUACCUUGCGGCUGCCGGCGCAUGCAAAAGAGGGGGGCAGUGGCGACGGGCACUGUCGCUGCUCAGCGAGCUGUGGGAGUCGCAGGCGGAGCCCAGCGUCGUCAGCUGCAGCGCCGGGAUCAGCGCGUGCGAGAAGGGCGGGCAGUGGCAGCUGGCCCUGUCGCUCCUCAGCGGGGUGCGGGAGGCGAGGCUGGAGCCCGACGUCGUCCCCACUACAACGCUGGGAUCAGCGCGUGUCAGAAGGGCGAGCAGUGGCAGCGGGCUCUGGCGCUGCUGA